GUUGGGCAAAAGAAAGUUAUAUUUACUAUAGACUUGCUCUGUUGCCUUGGUGGAUUUCGGGUAUGUUGAGUGAUGAUUCUUUUGGGGUUUCCACCCCGUUGUAUCUCCAAUAUAAAAUAAUCUAGACAUACCCGAUUGUAUACAUUUCACAUAGAAGCAUAUGAUUUUUAACAAAGAGGAGAAUGAAAUUCCAAAUGUUAUUAUGUAUGGAGUUUAUCAAAAACUUUUUUGAAAACAGGGCAUAUUUAGUGUGAAGAUAAAAAAAAUCAGAACAUGUAACAGUAAUAAACAUAUGAUUUCUAUGUUCAAGAAAAAAAAAAAUGGUUCAACAUUUAUGAAAGGUUUAUUCUACACAUUUUAAUAUCCUGUUUUUUUUGGAUGAAAUACACAUUUUAAUAUCUUGUACCCACUUUUAAUACUUUAUUCUUAAUUGAUAUACUUUGUUGUUCUUUGUUAUCUUGAACAUAGUCUCACCACAAUCAUUCAUUUCCUAAAAGAAGAAGGCAAGAAGAAGUCCUUUUAUUUUUUUUUACUAUAAAAUUAUAUUGAGAAGGCAUGAAUCAUUAUGUUUUUUCCAAUAACUCUAAACAUGAUGUCUACAAAAACAGAAACACUCAAACAUACACAAACUCAAAAACAAGAAACUUAACCAUGGAAACUCUAAACUCUUCUUCCAAUUCAUCAAUGUCUAUUCUACCAUUACCUUGCAACUCAACCUCUGAUCUCCAUUUCAACACCCUUUUCUCCAACCUUAACACCAUCCUCAUCUCCCCGAAAACCCGAAAAUCCACCAACAAUGUCCCUUUCCCUCAUUUCCUCUGUACCUCCAUGUCCAUGCAACUCAAACUCCAACCACCAACACCAAAAAAACCACCAGCCACUUCUCAUAUAUCACUAAAAUCCUCCAUGAAUAGCCUAUCGGUUUUCGAACGUGCUUUCAUUGGCACGUUAGCAGGAGCAUCUGCUGGUGCAUUCACUUACUUCUGUCUACACCCACUAGACACCAUCAAAACAAAGCUUCAGACUAAAGGGGCUAGCCAAAUUUACAAAAAUACCCUCGACGCGAUCAUUAAGACCUUCCAAACUAAAGGAAUAUCAGGGUUUUACAGUGGCAUAUCUGCUGUAAUAGUUGGUUCAACAUUCUCAUCUGCUUUAUUAUUUGGAACUUGUGAGUUUAGUAAAUCAUUCUUGUCGAAAUUUGACGAAUUCCCCUCUUUGUUAGUCCCUCCUACAGCUAGUUUAAUGGGAAGUAUUGUGUCAUCUGCAAUAAUGGUACCUAAAGAGUUAAUAACCCAAAGAAUGCAAGCUGGUGCAAAGGGAAAAUCAUGGGAAAUAUUAGCCCAAAUUUUGAGAAAAGGCGGUGUAUUAGGUUUGUACACUGGUUACUCAGCUACAUUACUAAGAAAUUUACCUGCAGGGGUUCUGAGUUAUUCAUCUUUCGAGUGGCUUAAAAUCGCGGUACUUAGGAAGGGAAACAAGGAGAAGUUGACACCAUUGGAGAGUGUUUGUUGUGGGGCGUUAGCCGGGGCGAUUUCGGCCUCAUUGACAACACCAUUAGAUGUUGUAAAGACUAGGAUGAUGACACAAUUUCAAGGGGUGGUUUUUAAUGGUGGAAUUAGUGGAAUUGUCAAGCAAAUUUUGAUGGAAGAAGGUUGGGUUUGUUUAACAAGAGGAAUGGGUGCAAGAGUUGUUCAUAGUGCUUGUUUUUCUGCUAUUGGUUAUUUUGCAUUUGAAACUGCAAGACUUGCUAUUUUGGAUCAAUAUCUUAAGCAUAAAAAUCAAUCUAAGGAAAUAAUGGCUUUAGAACCUUCAUUAAAUGGGUAGUUUGCACAUUUUUUAUGUAUGAAAUUACUCUGU